AUGUCCCUUAGUCAUCCCUCUAAUAUCCGUGAUGUUUCUUAUGUUUAUAGUGAUUAUCCCUCUUCUGUUCUUCGUAAUCAAGCUCGUCAUGUCCAAGAUCCCUCUUAUAUCCAUGAUGUUUCUUAUGUUUAUAGUGAUUAUCCCUCUUCUGUUCUUCGUAAUCAAGUUCGUCAUGUCCAAAAUCCCUCUUAUACCCAUGAUGUUUCUUAUGUUUAUAGUGAUUAUCCCUCUUCUGUUCUUCGUUAUCAAGUUCGUCAUGUCCAAGAUCCCUCUUAUACCCAUGAUGUUUCUUAU